GUUUCUUCUGCCCUAUGUGUCUGCACCACUUUACACGCUUACACGCUAGAUGAAGUUGUAGCUCCAAUCUUCAACCAUGAAAACAAAGAAAGAUGCUGUCCCAGAUUCACGUCUUAAACGAAAGAAGAUAGAUGUAAAUGAUAAUCUUGGUGACAACGAUCCCGCCCUAAAAGCAAACAAGCAAAGAAAAAAGGACAAGCUAGAGCACGUCCCCUCAGUGAUCCCUGAUGCAGCGUGUGAAAAAAAUGAAGCACAAAAGAAGAAGGACAAGAAGCAGAAAAAGACAGAGCAAACAGAAAUUUCAGAUCCACCCACUUGUCUAGAGAUAGUGCACAAAGGAGAGGAGGAUUUGAGCCCAGAAGAGAGGAGAGCCCUAGAGAGGAAAAUGAAGAAGAUCCUUAAGAAAGAGGAGAAGAAGAGGCUCAAGGAACAGGGGGAGACCCAGCCCAAAACAGAUGCAGGUGGUCCCACUGCUGCUCAACUGGCUCUAGAUUAUCUCACAUGCUGGGCUGAAAACAGGGGAGAGUGGAAGUUUCAGAAGACCAGACAGACGUGGUUACUGCAGCACAUGUUCAACUCUGAACAGGUUUCAGAUGACAAGUUCUCUGUUCUGCUGCAGUACUUGGAGGGGCUUCAAGGGGCAGCAAAGGACACCACAGUUCAAAAGGCCUUAGCCUUAGUUCAACAUUCAGGAGAAGCACCAGACACAGGCGUCCAGCAGAUGGCGCAUCGAGCCAGAGAAGUCAUCCAGCUACUAUCCUGA